AUGGGUCGUUACACACGUGAAGAGAUUGAUUUCUGGAAGGAUAGAUUUACGGCGAUUAACGGCAACGGUGAUCGUUAUAUCGAACCCUACGAGCUCAUUGCGCAUGCGAAGAAAGAAGGGUUGGACAUUACCGACGAGCAGGCUAAGGCGUGGGUCGACGAACUGGAUGAAAAUCACGACGGAAAAGUCUCGUUUAGCGAAUUCCUUAAAGGGUUUGGAGAACUAAAGGAGAACGAGUGA